UCAGUUAUCGAUUCACCACGAUGUUCAGCAAGUUACAAGUUUUCGUCCUGUUCUGCUCCUUCGCAGCCACGGUAGUCUACUCGCAGGAAGACUACUGCAAUCCGGACCUUUGUGAUGCUGGCGUUGCUCAUAUUGGGUGUAACAACCCGAAUCAACUGUCCAGCAAUUGCAACGAAGCGUCCAAGUAUACCUUUGACGAUAAGCUGAAGAAGAUCGUGCUGGACGAACACAACAACUACCGGAACCAGGUGGCCAAGGGUGAGCUGAAAUGGUUGCCUUCCGCUUCGAACAUGGUUCGAAUGGACUGGGACGACGAUUUGGCCGCUUUGGCGGAACUGAAUGCCAACCAGUGCGAGUUCGCGCAUGACAAGUGUCACAACACGAAAAAAUACCCGAACUCCGGACAAAAUAUCGCCUCGUGGGGAACUUCGGAUGACAGCAUCGAUAUCGACUCGGUGCUUAAAACGCUGGUUCAAGAAUGGUGGGACGAGCGGCACUUUGCUGGACCGAAACUGAUCAAGAGGUUGUUCGACAAGGAGAAGGCCCUGCACUUUACAAUGUUGGUUCGAUCGAAUGCCAGUCGGGUUGGAUGCGCUGCAAUCAAGUACAAGAGCGGCGAAUUUUUGUGGGUUCAGAUGAUCUGCAAUUAUUCCUACACCAACAUGAUCGGAACGGAGGUCUACAAGAAGGGAGACGCUUGUUCGGACUGCAAGAGUGGAUGCGACAGCGAGUACGAUGGAUUGUGCAACAAGGACGAGGAGGUUGAUGUAUCAUAGGUCUUUGUACGAAUUUAAUUAUUUCUACAGAAAUAAAUUUGGUGGUGGAAUUAAA